GGUCCCCCUCGUGAGGAGAGGGCCUCGUCGUGAGGAGCGGCGCCUCAGCGGCCGGGCCCCGCGAGGCCUGCUCGGCCCGCCACCCCAACCGGGUCCCCGGGACGGGCGGACGGACGGUGUGGAGGCCGGGGGCUUGUCCGGGCCGGCGCCAUGAUUUCCGCCGCGCAGCUGCUGGACGAGCUGAUGGGCCGGGACCGGAACCUGGCCCCCGACGAGAAGCGCAGCAACGUGCGCUGGGACCACGACAGCGUUUGUAAAUAUUAUCUCUGCGGUUUUUGUCCUGCCGAAUUGUUUACAAAUACCCGCUCUGAUCUGGGUCCAUGUGAGAAGAUUCAUGAUGAAAAUCUACGAAAACAGUAUGAGAAGAGCUCUCGCUUCAUGAAAGUUGGCUACGAGAGAGAUUUUCUGAGAUACCUGCAGAGUCUGCUGGCCGAGGUGGAGCGCCGGAUUCGCCGAGGCCACGCGCGCCUGGCGUUGUCUCAGAACCAGCAGUCCUCGGGGGCAGCUGGACCGACGGGUAAAAAUGAAGAGAAGAUUCAAGUUUUAACUGAUAAAAUUGAUGUGCUUCUGCAACAGAUUGAAGAACUGGGGUCUGAAGGAAAGGUUGAAGAGGCACAAGGAAUGAUGAAGCUCGUUGAGCAGUUAAAAGAAGAGAGAGAAUUGCUUCGAUCUACAACUUCAACAAUCGAAAGCUUCGCUGCCCAAGAAAAGCAAAUGGAAGUGUGUGAAGUGUGCGGAGCUUUUCUGAUUGUGGGAGAUGCCCAGUCCCGGGUCGACGACCACUUGAUGGGGAAGCAGCACAUGGGCUAUGCCAAAAUCAAAGCUACGGUGGAAGAGUUAAAGGAAAAAUUAAGGAAACGAACUGAAGAGCCAGAGCGCGACGACCGCUUGAAAAAAGAGAAACAGGAACGGGAAGAGCGUGAGAAGGAGAGGGAGCGCGAGAGAGAAGAAAGGGAACGGAAGAGACGCAGGGAAGAGGAAGAACGCGAGAAGGAGCGGGCUCGGGACCGGGAGCGGCGUAAGCGGAGUCGCUCCCGCAGCAGACACUCGAGCCGGGCGUCGGACCGCAGGGGCAGCAGAUCCCAGGACCACAAGCGAUCAAGGAGUCGAGACCGGAGGCGAAGCAGGAGCAGAGAUCGCCGACGAAGCAGAAGCCACGAUCGGUCAGAAAGGAAACAUAGAUCUCGCAGUCGGGAUCGAAGAAGAUCGAAAAGUCGAGAUCGGAAAUCCUACAAGCAUAGAAGCAAAAGUCGGGACAGAGAACAAGAUAGGAAAUCUAAGGAGAAAGUGCAGCGUAAGUAUGCACAGAUGAAGACGGAGCUAAGCCAAGUAAGAAGACUUACAAAAGCACCUUCUGAAGGAAAAGACAGUGUAGCCGUGCAAAACAUUUUGAGGUACAUUGUUUCGUCUCCGCUCUCUCGUAGCAGGCUCGGGUCCCCGCCCGGUAGUGUGCCUCUUUGGAACCUGUCGCCCACAUAGAACAUUUAAUUAUCCUUUUUUUUAGGGAUUUUGCUGUCAUUUCUCUUUUUUUAAGGGAAAAAAAAAAAAGGUUGAACUGUUUUUUAUUUUUUCUUUUUUUUAAUAAGUCCAUAUUCUGUUGGUUCAUUGGCAGAAUCAUUUGCUUUAAGUACUUAAAAAUCUCUCCGAGGCACAUGUUGGACGACUUUGCUUGAUUUAAACUGCUAGUAUUUCUGUGUCCAGGAUGUUUCUAGUUUUUUUUUUUGCUUUAUUGCCUUGCAUUCUAAUGCAGUUUGUUCUGUAACUCGAGACCCAGUAGCAUUGGAUUGAUGGAAGUGUAGGGUUUAUGAAUUAUUGCAGCUGACUACCAUCCCUCACACAGCGUUGGUGUUGUGAGCGGCCCAUGAAAAGCCAAAUUAAAAAUCCAGGAUUCAGUCAAACUAAGCAGGUACUCAUGCCAGGUACUCCUUUCUCUACCCACAUCCAUGUUUGAAUGCUGUUGCCUGUACUCUUUAAGCUGACUGUUGUGUACUCUUCUCAUUGUUGACGAGCAGUGAAAAAGGAAGCUGAUUUUGUGUGUAUUGUGUAAAAACUGUAAACCGAAUGUUAACAGAAUGGAAUUUUUUUUCAACUGUGUGUAGGGAUGCAGUGAUGCCCAGAAUUAGAUAUCUUUAAGAGUUUUUAAUUCCAUAAACCCUCCAUAAUACUCGCCUUGUCACAUUCAAUGCAAUGCAAGUCUUUAAGAGGUAUGUGUUUAAUUUUUCCUACUGUGUAGGAGACCGUACAGUCAGCCCACAAAUCUGUUGGCUGAUAUGCGUAAGGCAAAAUAUCAGUGGCUAAUACCAGGAAACUCUUAAGCUGUGUUUUUUAUAGUGACAAGAGUCUUGGGUUUGUUUUGUUGGGUUUUUUUUUUUUUUCCAAACAACUCAGCCUCUCCACUCACCCCACGUUCUGAAAACUCUCCAAUUGUGGUGAGCCUUGCCUAACUACUACUUGGCAACCUCUUUGGCUUGGGAAAAGUGAACAUUCCUAUCCUAGGAUAGAGGCAAGGCAUUUAAUUCUUUCCAGUCCAAGCCUAGGGGUGAACGGGUCCUAAGGCCUGCGGCUUUUAAAAACACUCCAGCAGCUUUGGAUUUACCCACUCCCACCUGCCUGGGUGCCCUAGUAGCACUAAGUCUUAAGGUCUGGGCCAGCAGUCUAAAAAAAAAAAAAAAAUAUUCACAUAGAUACCCGUAUAUAAUACAAUACUAGCACACAAUGAACUCGUGCCGGGUGGUCUACUAAUCCAUUUUUUUCCCCAAUUUUGCAUUCUAGGGCCACGCUACGAAGACUUUCGGAAGAAUUCUGAAGACCGCCUGCAAUGAAGAGCGUCUUUAAAAUGAGGUGAAAGAAAGCUGUAGUGGCAUAGAAAAAGUUAAAAGGCCCAGAUAGUUUUGGUUUUUUUUUUAAUUAAAAUAAUUCAGGACUGAUGUGACGGCCCAGAGUGCAGAAAAUGUUCAUAGCAUACAUCCAUCCAUACAUGCCACUGAGAAUUUAGGUCCUGUAUCAUAUUCUUUUUCUUUAAGACUUUUUAUGAAAAAAAAAAAAUUACCUAAACAGGUGGCUUGCUCAGUGUUGAAUUUGCAAGUUUUCAUUCUUGGACUUUGAAAACGGGAAUUAAUGUUAGUAUUUGUGUGAAUCAAACUAAAAAAAAAAAUCCCAUUUUUACUGCUCUACUUAGCUUCUUCUUGAUAUAGAAGUGAAAAUAAAGUAUCUUUGACUUUCUGUUACAGA